GGUACGAUACGGACGUGCUGUUUGUCACAGCUGCGAUAGGAGGAUUCAACACUGGAAGGUGAACAAAGGCAUGGUAGAAAUAUCUGAAGAUAGAUAAGAAAGUCGUUGCGCUACGUGCAACUCUCGUAAUGGGAUUUUCACAAAGCCAUGAGUGCCUCAACCAAAUGCUUUGACUCACAAAGGGGGCGGGAUGAUAUUUUCUACUCCUGAGCUUUGACUCUACUGUACAUACUUCAUGUCCCUUCCCACCUAUUUUUAGGGUUGGCCCUCGCAACAAUGUCAUGCGUAACUCGACGCCAUCUGUUAAGUCAGAGCUCGUUGAAUGUCACUUGACAGGCAGAGGCGUCGCAAUCACCUUCCCGUCCACACACUCCGGCCCAGCGCGAUCAUGGAGUUGGAGGGACAAGCAAAACCGUCUCGGGCCUUUCGCCUCCUUGGGCCGGGCCCAGACAUGGAUGAGGAUGAGAGCGAGGUGGUGAUCAGCAUCAGGCCCAAAUCUUCUCCCCUGCCACGGAGAAGAAACUCGGUCUCUGACGAGGACUCAGAGUCAGAGCUACUUCCUUGUGGUUCCAGGAGAGUGUCCUUUGCAGACGCCAAGGGUCUAAGUUUGGUGCAAGUCAAGGAAUUUGAUUUGUGGGACGUGCCCAAGCUGCCGGGAAUGGAGUCCCAGGAGGGCGACGGAAUAUCUACAGAGGAAUACUCCCUGUCUCCUCUGACUUUCCAAUCGCCGUUGUCUCCUGAGGAUCUGCUGGUUAGGGUCCAGGAGCAGAAAAUAGAGUUGGAGUCCCUGGAGUUGAUCCCAGGAACGACCACGCUGAAAGGGCUGAUCUGUGUCCUCAACAUCUCCUUCCAUAAAGCCGUCUAUGUGCGCACCACUUUGGACUGCUGGGCCAGCCACUUUGACCUUCUGACUGAGUACAUCCCCACUUCCGGCAACGCUCACACGGACCACUUCUCCUUUAAACUCACCUUAGUGCCGCCCUUCCAGGAGCAGGGAUCCCGUGUUGACUUUUGUCUGCGGUAUGAGACGCCCAUGGGAACUUUCUGGGCCAACAAUAACAACAGAAACUAUGUGCUGGUCUGUCACCAAAGAAUGAAAGACCAGAAGGAGAACCACCAGAAGCAGAAUAGGCAAAAGAAAAGUUGUCUGAAGACCGUGAGUCAAAACGUUGUGGAAGACACUAAGGAAACGCCAUCCCAAAGAAAUCAGUCACCAGAUGUGUUAACAAAUGGAGAAAAAGUCAACAAUGAGCAAGCCAUUCCACCUCCUGAUCAGUCAGGAGAAGAUGGGGACAAUUUGCAGGCUGAGUAUAGGCGAAACUGCAACCGAAGAAAGGCGGCCCGGAUGGGUCGGGUGAGGGACUACUUUUCUCAAAGAGACGGCAUAGUAGAUGAGGAAGGAGACACACCACCUUCAGAAGACAAAGAAGAAAUCCCAGUGGGGGAUCAGGCAGAUGAGCAAUCUUUGUCCGAAGAGAAAUGGAAACGUGAAGGCUCUCAUGGUAUUAUGGAAAAAAUAUUCAGUGAAACGCCAACUCAACAAGACAAGACACAGGCACAUAUUGAACCACAGACAGCUGAGGACAUCAGUUUGGGUUCAUUAAUAGGAGGUGACGCUAGCACAGACAUGUCAAAUGAUGAGCCUCCUCCCACUGAACAUUGCAACACGUUUGUCUCAGAGGCUGAAGACACGAGUGAGAGCUGCCUGAAUCAAAGCAACGGCUCCACUUUUGAAAUUGUGGUGACUCCUCUACACCGUCAGAUGCUUGGCAGGAAUGAAGAUUGGACAUGUCCACAAGAGACUGUGGGAGAAAACGGUUCAACUGGCCAUGAAGUUCAAGAAAAUUUGAUCAGGAACAAAAAUGAUGUUCCACAUCUGUCAACUUUUCAGAAUCUGUUUAGUGAUGACCGAGCUCGCCAGGCCAGUUUGGAGCAUGCAGACUGGUACGAUACAGAAGACGCUUCGAUGAAAUCAACAGAGAACCAUGAACAACUUCAGAAAAUGGAUUUACCAUCACGACUCUCACAACCAAUUCAGAAUCUGUUUAGCGUAGAUGACCAGACCAGUUUGGAGUGUGCAGACUGGUCCUGUACAGAAGAUUCUGAUGCACAAUCAGUGGAAAAUACACAGAACCAUGAGCAAAUUUUGGAAAAUGUGAUCACCAACUCAACUAAAGAGUGCUUUGAUGCCAGUUUGAAUGUUCCUCUUUCUGAAGAUGACACUUGGAAAUCAGAGGGCUCACAAACCCUUCAGGUACCAACAUGUUUGCCAAUUCAUAAACCUUCAGGUAAAACCAAAUAUGAUGUCGCACUUUUGUCACCUUUUCAGAGUCAAACAGAGCUUGUUAGCGACAGUGUAGAUCACCUGGCUAGUUUGGAGACGGCAGACUGGUCAGAUACAGAAGAUGCUGUAAUGAAAUCAAAAAACAACACACAGAACCAUGAACAACUUGAGAAAAAUUUGAUCAAGAACUCAACGGAAGAGUGCUUUGACGCCAAUUUGAAAGCUCCUCUUCCUGAGGACGACGCUUGGAAUGGUGCCUGAUGAUGCCUUUGAA